GAGGGGUUGGGUUUGAACUAGGGAUAUUUCGGAGCCAGCGAGCGAUCCUAGAGAGACCCCGGAGCCGGUGGGAGAGGCCGCUGCAGCCGCGCUGCUGGGUUUUUCCUUUCCUUUUAUUCUCCUUUCUACAUAUCCACACACCUCCAUCAGCCUACAAAGACAUGACCACCAAUGCCAGCCCCAUGCACCCAUACUGGCCCCGGCACCUGAGGCUGGACAACUUUGUGCCUAAUGACUGCCCCACCUGGCAUCUCCUGGCUGGCCUCUUCUCCAUCUCUGGGGUCUUAGUUGUGACCACAUGGCUGUUGUCAGGUCAUGCUGCGGUCAUCCCACUGGGGACUUGGCGGAGACUGUCCCUGUGCUGGUUUGCAGUGUGUGGGUUCAUUCACUUGGUGAUUGAGGGCUGGUUCAGCCUCUACCACGAGGACCUUCUCGGAGACCAAGCCAUCUUGUCUCAACUCUGGAAAGAGUAUGCCAAGGGAGACAGCCGAUACAUCCUGAAUGAUAGCUUCAUGAUAUGCAUGGAGACCAUCACAGCUUGCUUGUGGGGACCACUCAGCCUAUGGGUGGUGAUCGCCUUUCUCCGCCAGCAGCCCCUCCGCUUUGUCCUACAGCUUGUGGUCUCUGUGGGUCAGAUAUACGGGGAUGUGCUAUAUUUCCUGACAGAGCACCGUGAGGGAUUCCAGCAUGGGGAGCUGGGCCACCCGCUCUACUUCUGGUUUUACUUUGUCUUCUUGAACGCCCUGUGGCUGGUGCUGCCCGGAAUCCUCGUGCUUGAUUCUAUAAAGCAACUUGCUCGUGCCCAGAGCACGCUGGACGCCAAAGCCACAAAAGCCAAGGGCAAGCAGAACUAAUGAGUGAUGAACUGGGCUUGAACACUGGCUAUUGAGGAACUCUCCACCUGCCAGAAGAUUCCAAUCCUUGCUCUCACAGGUUGGAAGGACAAAUCGAAUUGAUCUGUCAAACUCAGGCUGAUGGGUGGACAGGGGGAAGAAAGGAGCUGUGUGGAGCUACAAAGGUACAAGAGAACCUUGGAAGUCUGUGAUGGGGACAAUUUUUUUAAAUCAGAAAAUAAAGAUCUUG